CGCGAGGUCUGUUUAUUUUUGAUUUUUCGUUAGAUAGCUGCAGUUCCACGUCGGCAAUUCGCAAGAGUAAUGCGCCUCUUCGUCGUGCCUCGUCCCGUGCAUCGUAUUCGAAAACCAAUUGACCCAUAGGAGCAAUUGCCAUGGAAACGAAAAUGAGCAGCUCCGAGGAAGUGUCUUGGAUCUCGUGGUUUUGCGGCUUGCGCGGGAACGAGUUCUUUUGCGAGGUGGAUGAGGAUUAUAUUCAAGAUAAAUUUAAUUUAACGGGAUUGAAUGAACAAGUACCACAUUACCGUCAAGCAUUGGAUAUGAUUCUUGAUCUUGAACCUGAUGAUGAUUUGGAUGAUAAUCCAAAUCAAUCAGACCUGGUCGAGCAAGCAGCAGAAAUGCUUUAUGGUCUUAUUCACGCACGUUAUAUACUUACCAAUCGUGGCAUCGCUCAGAUGAUAGAAAAAUACCAAGCAGGUGAUUUCGGUCAUUGCCCGCGAGUUUAUUGUGAAUCCCAACCGAUGUUGCCAUUAGGCCUCAGCGAUGUUCCUGGUGAGGCAAUGGUCAAGAGCUACUGUCCCAAAUGUAUGGAUGUCUACACUCCAAAGAGCUCGAGACAUCAUCACACCGAUGGAGCUUAUUUUGGAACAGGAUUUCCACAUAUGCUGUUUAUGGUUCAUCCUGAAUACAGACCGAAACGUGCGGCAAAUCAAUUUGUACCUAGAUUAUAUGGCUUUAAAAUUCAUCCUUUAGCAUAUCAGAUUCAGCAACAGUCUGCAUCCACGUUCAAAGCACCUUUACGAGCUCUUAAUUAUAAUAAUGGAAAACGUUAAGGUCAUUUUGGAAUAGCCUAGAAUACUUCCUUUCAUUACUCGCAAUUUCUAAUUUCGUCCUGAAGAUUCAAAUAAAAUAUUUUUUAUA